UUCUCCGAGAUUAGGGGCGUCACUUCGUGCGUUACCUUCUUCUGCGAAGACAGUGGGACAGAGACACUGAUCAACUCCUUAACAGGUUUGUCCCGAUCAAGGUAUUUCAGGAAGUAAGCCAGAUGACAUAAGGAAAGAUAUCAGGGUGGAGAUGUCUGAGAGGAGGAUCCUGGCACUGCUGCUGCCACUGCUGGGGGCUCUGUCCACGCUCCUACCCGUGCUCUCCACGGCGACGGGUGGUCCCCUCAACAGUACCCUGCUCUUCGACAGCGCCGCACACGGCAACAGCCUGCGCAACUGCAGCUGCGCCUCCGAGAUCCAGGACUGCAACGACGCCCUGGCCAACCUCCUGUGCAGCUGCCGCACGGUGCCGCGCUCGGCGCUGCCCCCCGCUGGCCUGCGCGUGCAGGGCGGGCUGACCGUGUGGGUGCGGGACCCCUGGGUGCUGCGCGAGCUGCUGAACGGGAGCGCGGUGCAGGACCUGCGCAUCUCCGCCUGCGGCUCUGCCGCGCUCCCCCCCGAGCUGCUGGCUCUGUUCGGGCUCAGAAGGCUGCGGCUGCACACCGCUGCCCCGGGGGUGGCCCACCCCGAGCAGACCCUCAGCAUCGCCUCUGCCUCGGAGAGAGGCAGGGGCGGGUCAAUAUCUUCCUUGACCUUUCCCCCCUCCUCUUCCUCCUCCUCCUCAACCACCCCCUUCCUUGUGUCAUUCCUGGAUGUGGCCCUGCUGAACGGCUUCUCCCCCCUGAAAGCUUACAGCGUGAGCAGCCCCCCCACCCCAACCCUCACGCAGCACUUCCCCCACCUGCCUCUGCCCCACAUACCCCAAGACCCUCAGCCCUCAUAUCCGCACCAGGACUGCCUCCUCACUUUCAUCUACUAG